AUGAUGAUGUUCCGUUCUGCUACAAUCCUUCUAGCCAUGUCUUCUUCGGCAUUGGCUUUCAACAUUGGAGGAAAGAGACAAUCUCCAUUGUCUACACCAACUGUCGCCUCGCCAAAGAAGGCAGUCGCCGUCCCAAUGGAUACUCCCAACUUUGGUGUCCCCAACUUGAGUAAGACCAAGUUAGAUCCUAAGGAUGACUGGGUCCGUAACCUCGACUACGAUGGGUUUGCCAAGGAAGUUUCAGCGCUUGGGAAAGAGUUGAGAAAAAAUACUGGGAAAGACGAUGUGGACCAUCUGAACAAGAUUGUCAACUGGAGAAAUAUGGCCGCUGUGUUUGGUUUGGCCACAAUUUGGCUUCCCGUAAACCCCUUGACUGUUGCCGCGCUUUCUACUUGGACCUACGCAUCAUGGACCAUGAUCGCCCAUCACACAUGCCACGGUGGUUACAAUAGGGUGGACGCUGGGCGUUUUAAUAGCCGUGGUUUUGCCUUGGGGGCUUUGAAUCGUGUCGUGGAUUGGUUGGAUUGGAUGCAACCUGAAGCCUGGAACAUUGAACAUAAUCGUUUGCAUCACUACCGGUUGAACGAAUCGAAAGAUCCCGAUUUGGUUCAGCGGAACCUAGACUUUAUCAGAGACGGAAAGUAUCCUCAAUUCCUAAAGUACGUCGUGGUGGCCUUUUUCCUCCCCAUCUGGAAGUGGUUCUACUAUGCUCCCAACACCUAUAAGGAGCUAAAGACCAAUGAAUGGAUCCGGUCCGGAAAAGAACUUCCAGAGGGGUACGAUCCUGAACUGGCCGUCACUGUGGUUUCCAUGUUGGACCCUGGUCGCAAAGCAACCCGAAAGAUUGUCAAUCCAUUGGACUUUUACAAGAACGUCGUGGGACCAAUGUUCUUUGCUCGUUACGUAGCCAUUCCUGGCGCCCUUGCUUUGAUUCCAGGUGUCGGUCCUACCCUUGCAGUUCGAGCGCUUACUAGCUUGGUCUUGGCUGAACUCCUAACCAAUGUGCACGCUUUCGUCACCAUUGUUACCAACCAUGCUGGUGAAGACAUGUACACCUUUGACGAUGCCGUCAGACCCAAUUCUGGAUCCUUUUACGUCCGUCAAAUUAUUGGUUCCGUCAACUAUGAUACUGGCGAUGAUGUUACAGACUUUUGGCACGGAUGGUUGAACUACCAAAUCGAGCACCAUGUCUGGCCCGAUCUUUCCAUGCUUCAAUACCAACGAGGAGCACCCAAGCUCAAGGCGAUUUGCGAAAAGUAUGGAGUCCCAUACGUCCAAGAGAAUGUCUUUGAACGGACCCGCAAGACCAUUGAUGUCAUGGUUGGCCGUACUAGCAUGCGUCGCUUCCCCACUCAAUUUGAACCUGCCGACCACAAGAUUGCUGAUUCCAGCUUGACUUGGAAGUCUACCAAUGGAGCUAUCGAAGACGAGAGUGCUUAG